AUGAGUGAGUAUUAUGUCUUAACUGCUGGCAACCAUGAAACAUAUGGCUAUAGUGAUAAGCAUGAAAGCAGCAUCUUCUUGAAUAGUGAUCCAGUAGUUUCUGUUGCAGAAUACAAUGAUCAGCCUUCAUAUAAGGAAACUAGGAAAGCUUCAAAGAAGUCCUCUGACAUGUGUAACACACAAACUGCAAAUUUUGCAGAGAAAACAAGUGAUUAUGGAAUUUCAUCUCCAGCUGUUAAUAUCAGUGCCCAGGCUGAUCUACCUACUGCAAAAAGAACCAACAAAUGUGAUAUUUGUGGCAAAUUGUUCACUAGGUCAGGUGAUCUCAAGAGACAUGUAUUCAUACACAGCAGGAAAAGACCGCACAAAUGUGACAUACGUGACAAAUCGUAUGCCCAGUCAGUUCGUCUCAAGACACGCAUAUUAAUUCGCACUGGGAGGAAACCUCACAAACAUGAGAUUUCUGGGAAAUCUUAUGCUAGGGAUCUCAAAACACAAUCAUUAAUUCACACCGGGAAGAAACCCCACAAAUGCGAUAUUUGUGGGAAAUCUUUUACUACGGCAGGGAAUCUCAAGAAACACACAUUUAUUCAUACUGGAAAGCAACCUCAUAAAUGUGAGAUUUGUAUGAAAUCUUUUUCUAGGUCAAACGAUCUCAAGAAACACGCAUUCACGCACACCGGGGAAAGACCUCACAAAUGUGAUAUUUGUGGGAAAUCGUUUGCUUUCUCAAGCAACCUCAAGAGACAUGUAUUAAUUCACACAGGAAAGAAACCUCACAAAUGUGACAUAUGUGGGAAAUGUUUUGCUGCGUUAAGCAAUCUCAAGGCACACACGUUAAUUCACACUGGGAAGCAACCCCGCAAAUGCGAUAUCUGUGGGAAAUCUUUUGCUACGGCAGGCAGUCUCAAGACACACUCCACAAUUCACUCUGGAAAGAAACCUCACAAAUGUGAGAUUUGUGGGAAGUGUUUUACUGUGUCAAGCAGUCUCAAGACACAUUUAUUAAUUCACACUGGGAAGAAACCCCACAAAUGUGAUAUUUGUGGGAAAUCUUUUCCUACUGCAGGCAGUCUCAAGACACACUCACUAAUUCACUCUGGAAAUAAACCUCACAAAUGUGAGAUUUGUGAGAAAUGUUUUACUGUAUCAAGCAAUCUCAAGACACAUGUAUUAAUUCACACUGGGAAGAAAGCUCACAAAUGCGAUAUUUGUGGAAAAUCUUUUGCCAGGGCAGGCAGUCUGAAGAGACACUCACUAAUUCACACUGGAAAGAAACCUAACAAAUGUGAGUUGUGGCAAGUCAUUUGCUAG